UUCACACGCCCGUCCCGGCACAGCCUCGCAGGCGAUGCCAGCGUCUGGCCGGAAGAGGAAGGCCAACUUCUCCAAUGACGAGACUGAGACGCUGGUCUGGAAUGUGGUCCGGCAUUUCAGCGCCCUGUAUGGGUCUGAAGCCCUGCGGGCUCACCCCGUGCGGCGGAAGCAGCUCUGGACCCAAAUCCAAAGCCGCGUCAACUUCCUGGGCUACACCGAACGCUCCAUCGACGACCUCAAGCACAAGUGGCGCGACCUGCGGUUGGACGUCAAGAAAAAGAUCACCUCCAAGAAGCACCUGCCCAUGAACCGCGCCGGCGGGCCGCUCCACAAGCCGCGCCUCACACCCCUGGAGAAGAUGGUGGCUUCCACCUUCUUGCAGGCCAGCCACGACUCGGAACCCGAAAUCAUCUUGGACCCAGAUCUGUUCUUCCCGGGUGCGACCAAGCAGUCCUUCAUGCACCUGCAGCCCGGCGUCAGCCACCCCAGCAUCUACAUCGACACCAACGGGCAGCCCUCGUCCCUGCCGGACGUGGAGGGCUCUGCGGUGCCCCGGCUGGCGGUGCAGAGCCCCGACCCCUCUGUCAUCUGCGAGUACAGCCGAGGGGAAGGACAGAGCAGUUCGGCUGAGUCGGGACCGGAGCUGCGGACCCCGGACAUGUCAGCCAUUUCCCCAUCCCUGCGAAACGAGUCCCUCGUCUCCUAUGCCUCCAUGUCAGAGGAGGAGGAACGGGAAGGCCGGGAGGUGGAAAGGGGCCACGGCGGGGCCGUGGGGAUGCAGCCCGGGCCCGAGGCCGCCAUGUCUUCAGAGGAAGACAUGAAACUGUCCCGACAAGCCAUGCUGAUCCGCCGCUGCAGCUCCCAGGGCUCUGUCACCUCCCUGCCCGAGGACCCUCUCAACCCCGUGGACGCUCACUCGGACUGGGGCCACGAGGGGGUGUCCGACCUGCCCCCCAUGGCCCGCGGGCUCGACUCCUCACACCCCGAGGAGCAGGCGGGGGGCCCGGGCCCGGAGAUGGGCGCUUUGCCCAGGGUACUGAUGGGUCCCACCUGGGAGAAGCCGACGGCGGAGGAGGAGCCCCCGGCCCGCUCCCCGCUGCAUGGUGCCCUGACCGAGGAAUCGCUGCCCUCCUCCGCCUCCCCCCCGGGGGACGCCCCCGCUGCCCCCGGCCCCCCGCGCGGCCUGGGCUGCUCCCGCCUGUGGGAAGACCGGCGGGAGAGCUGGAGGACUAACAUCCAUCACCUGCUGGACCUGGAGGAGCAGUGGGACCAGCUGUACCACCAGGAGUUGGCCAUGUGGCAGGAGGAACGGGCCACCCAGCGCGAGGAGAGGGCCCGUGACCGCGAGCUCCAGUUUCGCCUGCUCGGCGUCCUGACGGACAUCCGCGACGAGCUGCGCUACCUGCGCCAGGAACGGGCCAGCGCCCGGCAGAGCCAGGCACCGCCAGCCGAGCCCCGGCCAGACCCCAGCCCGCUCCUUGAGCAGCCCAAAGCCGAGCCCACCUUCCCCGAGCCCCAGGCCGGGACCCCCAGCUGGGGAGAGACCACCGUGCCCAGCCGAAGCCCCUUCGGAAACCGUGGCCGGGGCCGGCGUCGGGGACGGCCGCGCGGCUCUGCCUCCAGACACAGACGACUCUUCCUCACCAACAGCUAGGGACGGGCAGGGACGCUGUCCCGCGAAAGGACAUGGUGUGCCUGCGGCCCUCCCGGGGCUCCGGCCGCGCGGUGGGUGCCCGGCCUCGGACAGAGAGGCGCGUGCGUGGGGGAAGGGUGUGCGUGGGAGCUGCCUGGGUCGCGAGUGUGCGGCUGCCGGCGAUAUUGGCGCCUCCGAGCGCAGGGAAGGUACAAGGGGAUGCAGGCAGCCGGCCCUGCGCGUGCUUGCCGUGCGCUGGGAGCGCGCCGGGCACCCCGCCCACGCCCCAGGGAAGAUGGUGGCGUUACACACACGUGUGUAAGGCGUGCGAGCGGCCGGGAGGCCCGCCUGCACCCACGGCCGUUGCCUCUCUGCCCGCAGGGCACGCGUGAGCCGGCGGGGAGCCCCCAUGCGCGCGCGCGCAAGGGCGUCAGUGGGGCCCGUGUGACAGCGCUAGUCGAGUAGGAUUACUACCUUUUGGGGGGGUGGGGAGUUAGGAACACUUAGUCGCUGAUGUGCGAACAUUUUAUGCAAAUCAUUUAAUGACCUAAUUUGCAUAUAACCAUAAACUUCUGUUAAAAAAGGAAAAAAAAAACCAAAAAAAAGAAUCCCCAAAAAAACAGAAAAGCCGUCUCUGGCGUGUGGAAUCCAGGGCGAGGGGGACCUGCUGUCCCCGCGUGAGCCUUCGCGUGCCGCCUCGCCGAAGCCAUGCUCCCCUCGACCUGACGAGCCAGCAGCGAUGCCCACUGUGGCGCUGGCACGGGCGACAAGACCCUGGUCCCCUCCCCUGCGUGGGUCGUGGGUCCUUCGCCCUCCUGGCACCCCACGUAGCCUCGGGGAGCCUCCUCCGCCACCCCGGUCCCUGCUCGCUUGUGCCAAACGCCGCUCGCCUGCUGUGUCAUGCUGCUGAUCCGUGGUUCC